CACACAGAAACAAAGUGUAUAUAAAGGGUGGGGCCAUCGAACGCUUUCCCUCUGUUGGAAAAGGGAACCUUCAGGCAGGCUGCUAUCUCCUCUUACACGCUGCUGACAAAAUGCCGGCAGAUUACAAUGGACGCUGGGAGAUGGUGAGCAAUGAAAACUUCGAGGAUGUCAUGAAGGCUCUCGACAUCGACUUUGCCACCAGAAAGAUCGCUGUCCACCUGACCCAGACGAAAGUGAUUGUGCAGAAUGGGGACAAGUUUGAAACCAAGACCCUGAGCACCUUCAGAAACUACGAGGUCAACUUCACUGUGGGGGUGGAGUUCGAGGAGUACACGAAGGGCCUGGACAACAGGACCGUAAAGAGCCUGGUUACCUGGGAUGGGGACAAGCUGGUCUGUGUUCAAAAGGGGGAGAAAGAAAAUCGUGGCUGGAAACAAUGGAUUGAGGGAGACCUGCUGCACCUGGAAAUCACAGUCCUCGACAAAGUCUGCCACCAAGUGUUUAAGAAGAAGAUGUAAAAGGAGAAGGAAGACUGUGUGUGUUGAAACGCGACUGCUAUGUGUGUCAUAUUGUUUUUAAACGUGAAGAGCUUUAAUAAAACAUUUUAAUACGAACCGU